AUGUUCAGCAUGAUUUUUGGUAAGCGGUUGACACCGCAAGAACGUUUGCGUAAGCAUCAGCGCUCACUAGAACGCACGCAGCGAGAACUUGACCGUGAACGAACUAAGCUAGAACAACAGGAACGCAAGCUAAUUCAAGAUAUCAAGCGGUCGGCUAAGGCCGGACAGAUGGGUGCUUGCCAGGUUAUGGCCAAGGACCUUGUGCGAACGCGUCGUUACAUUCAAAAGUUUUAUCAGAUGAAGACCCAGCUGCAGGCCGUAUCUUUACGGAUCCAGACGGUGGGUACGAACCAGCAGAUGAUGCAGUCGAUGCAGGGAGCUACACGGCUGCUUUCUACAAUGAAUCGAAGUAUGAACCUGCCGAGUCUACAACGGAUUGCUAUGGAGUUUGAGCGCGAAAAUGAUUUGAUGGACCAGCGCCAGGAAAUGAUGGACGAUGCGAUUGACGAUUCUAUGGAGAUGGAUGAUGAAGAAGAGUCUGAAGAGAUUGUGAACCAAGUCUUUGAUGAAAUUGGAAUUGAUUUGAACCAAGCCCUUGGCGCUACACCUUCGGGCAUUGCAACAGCUGGCAGUGGAAUUACAAAUGAUACUGGCAAAAUUGCUCAGGCCGUGGGUGGUGGUGGCGGUGGUCAUGAUGAUGACGACUUACAAGCGCGUCUUGAUAGUCUACGACGAUAA